AUGGGCAAGAACCGUGACGAGGAGGAGGACGGCGUGGCCGGGGCCGGGGUAGAGGAGGUCGCGGCGGGCGUGGCCGGAGCCGAGCACGGAUGGAUCACAGGCGGGGACGAGGGUAAGGACAUGGGCGGUGCGCGAGCGGGGUGGAAUGCGCUGGCGGAGCGGGAGGGCGAUCUGCGUGGCGACGGCGACGACGGCGAUGCGGGCUUUGCCAUCGAUCUGACCAUGUGGGACUUUGGCCAGUGCGAUGCGAAGCGGUGUACGGGGCGCAAGCUGGAGCGGAUGGGCUUUGUCACCUCGCUGGAGGUGACUCAGCGUGGCGGCGGGAUUGUGCUCUCGCCGGCUGGGACAGCGACGAUUUCGCCGGCCGACGCAGACAUCAUUGCGGCGUCGGGCCUCGGCGUUGUCGACUGCUCGUGGGCGCGGGUCGAUGAGAUUCCAUUUGCCAAGCUCAAGGGCGAGCAUCGGCUGCUUCCGUACUUGGUUGCGGCUAACCCGGUUAACUACGGCAAGCCGCUCAAGCUGACGUGUGUCGAGGCUUUUGCCGCCGGGCUCAUCAUCGCAGGCUUCCGGGCCGAGGGCGAGGAGAUCAUGUCCAAGUUCAAGUGGGGCCACGGAUUCCUCACGCUCAACGACGAGCUGCUCCGCCGGUACGAGGCAUGCAGCUCGGGCGAAGAGGUUAUCGCCGUCCAGGGCGAGUGGAUGGCCAUGAUGGAGGCUGAGCAGCAGGCGCGUCCGUCGGCCGGGCUGAUCUGGGACGAGGACGGCUAUCUUGCCAAUCCCAACCAUGUCGACACCAUCUUUGACCGGCUGGACCAGCUCGAUGCUGAGAACGAGGUCGAGGCCGAGGCCGCCGCUGCCGCCGCUGCCGCCGCUGGUGACGAUAGUGAUGCCAGCAGCAGCGGCGAGCCGGGAGAGAGCGCGGUCGAGCUCGAGGCCGGUGCGUGA